AUGAUGGAACCAUCUCAACAAGAAUGUAUUCGAGAACUUGCAACUGUUGAAGAGUGCAUACCACCACAUAAUACAGUAACUGGAUCCCAUCUCGGAUGGGCAGCCAAGGGUGACAAUGUACCAAGGCAGACGGGCCAUCCCACUGGGCCCAUAGCUGAAAUUGUACCUAUAUAUACGGGUGGGCCAAGUGUAGGAUGGGCUGAGUGUAGUGUACCUGAUGGAAAGGGAUGGGCCGAGUGUAGUGUAUACUGGAUGGAAAGGGAUGGGCUGAAUAUAGUAAAUGGAGUAUACAAUGGAGACGAGUGGGCCGAGGGAUUCUUAGGUACAAUAGAGAUGGAUGGGCCGAAAUACAGUGGGCUGGAAAAGGAGGUGCCAACCAGAUCCGGUCAUAGAAUACCAGGUAGUGAAAUACCGGCCGGAAUAUACCAGCCAACUGGAUCUGGUAAUGAAUGGUCUUGUAGCACCAGGUCAUGGGAUGCCACCAGUGUAAUACCGGCUGAGAUAAAAGGAACCGACCUGAUCCAGUCAUAG